AUGGCUGGCCGGCACCAGGCGCACGUGGCUCCACCGCCUGGCCCCGCCCCCUCCGGCGCUUUCGGCUGCAGGAGGGCAGCGGGCGGGGCCACGCCCUCCCCAGCGGCUGCAGGAGCAGCCCCCUCCCCACACCUGGGCUGGGCUGGAAGCAGGGCCAAGAACCCCCAGGACAGCAACAACCCCUGGAGCAGCUCGGCCACUUUUGUCCUGGGGGACGGCCCACCUCCCUGCUGCUCAGCUGGCGGGGCCAGGCUGUGCGUGGGACGUUCACCUGUGUGCCAGAGCAUCGUCCGGAUCGAGGACCAGUUCUGGGCCAGGAAGAGCGCCUGUUUUGAGAAGCUCCCCUUCGUCUGCCAGUAUGGCCCGCACAGGCUGCGCAGAGAGGCUCCCAGUCCGCAGCAGCGACGCCAUCCCUGCACGGUAAGGUGCAGCCCAAGACAGAGGGCCAGAGCGACUCCGGGGCCGACCAGAGAGCCCGUGGCUGCCUCCCAGAGCUUCCGGCCCGGAAUUCCAAACCAUCCACAAAGCGACGGGCCAACAGACACCAGCAGUGCCCCCUGGCGACCCACUGUCCAGCCAGCGACCGGCACGUGGCACAGCCCGGACCCUGGGUUGGAGCUCAGCCCCCAGACGUGGCCUGGCCACCACCAGGGAAGCCUCGACCAGCAUCAGCCCAGCACCUCGGCAGCAUCCAGAGCACACCUUCAGCCCAGCACGUGGCCUCCAGGCAGCCCCCAGCCCCUGCAGACCCCCUAUGAGGGGCCCUCCACGCCAGACGCCUCCAGCAGCCCAGGGCCUGGCACCCAGCCACAGCCCACCACCAAGGGACUGGGAAGCCCCCAGACCCACUCCGCCGUGGGAUCCAGCUCGCUCGGCCCCCAGGAUGUCCCACCUGAGGUCAAGGGCCAGGCCCUGGAGCGGCUGGUGUGUCAGUUCAACCAGAGCGUGGAGACCGUGGGCCACCCGCUGGCUGUGGAGAGGGCAAGCCAGGCCCUGCGGGAUUUGACCAGCCCCUCUGCCUCGCUGUCUGAGGACGACCAGGUUCAGGCCAGCCGGACCCUCCAGUUUUUGAGUUCUCAGUUGCUGGUGGAGCCCCGGUCAAGCAACUGGUCCUACCCAGGCUUGGCAGCUGCAGCUUCAUCGCUCUUCCAGUCUCUCGGCAACCUCCUCGUGGCCGUGGGCACCAACACCUCCAGCUCCAGCGGGAGCAAGCAGCAGAGGGCAGUUCUGGCACAGGCUCUGGUGGCGCUGCCCCUGAUUCAGGCGGGACUUCUCCUGGGCAACUCCUCCGCAGAGGCCUGUGUGACUGUGGCGUCGCCAGCACUCAGCACCAUCCUGAGCAGGCGCAGUGCGACUUCCCUGCCCCAUAGCUCCUUCCACCUGGCUCAGCCCAAGCCCUUGACGGUCACCUUCCCAGCCGCCUCCUCGUUGGCCCCGAUGCUCAGCCAGCACAGCCAAGCGCUGCUGCAGGUCCAGGUGGCCUCUUUUGCAGGCGACCCCUUCCGGUCCCUCAGCGAGAAGGCCAUGGCCAGUGUGGCCAGUGUUGCUCUCCGUGCCAGCGAGGGGCCCGUCAGCCUCCAUGACCUCCCCGAGGAGAUUGAGAUUGCUCUCGGGGAAGAGGGUGAGGCAGAGGGCUCUGCCUGCUGGCUGAAUGGCAGCAGAGGGCACUUCGAGGUGGAGGUGAAUGUCACGUCUCUGGAGGAUGCCCUGCUGGUCAGCGUGAGACCCGCUGCUCCUCCUCUCCAGAUCACCUUGUGCCUGGCGCCCCUCUCCCGGGCCCACAGCAACAGCUGCCUCCUCAACACCACGCUGCCCAAGCACCGCUGGCAAGAGGAGGGAGCGUACGUGUGGGUCGUUCCCCCGGAGGACCUGCGGCUGCUUGGCCUGGGCCCCUGCUCCCUCUCCACCGAGGUGGCUCCACAGCCACGGGGCCCUGCCAACUUCUCCGUCACUGUCGCCAGAAUGGGCUGCUACCACUGGGCCACCCAAGCCCAGGCCUGGACGAGCCACGGAUGCCGGGUGGGGCCCCAGAGCACCCUCCAGAGGACCCACUGCCUCUGCAGCCACCUCAGCUUCUUCGGCCGCCUCUUCCUGGUCGUGCCGCACGUGGUCGACCUCCGGCGUGUGGACCAGCUCCUGAGCCGAGUGGGCCAGAACCCAGCUGGGCUGGCCUUGCUGUGCAGCCUCUUGCUUGCCUACGGAGCCCUCCUGCUUUGGGCCCUCCGGCGGCAGAAGGUGGAUGUGGGAAAGGUGAAGGUCACGGCCUUGGCGGACAAUGCCUCCAGCGCUUGCUGCCGCUACCUGGUUCAAGUCUUCACUGGCUAUCGCCGAGGAGCAGCCACCUCAGCUAAGGUUGUCCUGACCCUGUAUGGGGCAGAGGGGCGGAGUGAGCCACACCUGCUGCAGCACCCACAAGCCCCCAGCUUCCAGACGGGCGGCAUGGACGCCUUCCUCCUGACCACCUGGAGGCCCCUGGGCACCCUGCACUCCGCCCGCCUCUGGCACGACAACAGCGGUGCAAGCCCCAGAUGGUUUGUGCGUCGGCUGGUUGUCAGUGACCUGGCUGCCCAAAAGAAGUGGUAUUUCCUGUGCAACUGCUGGCUGGCCGUGGACCUGGAAGAGGGCCAAGUGGACAAGGUCUUCGUAGCAGCCUCUGAGAGGGAGCUGCGGUCCUUUGGAAACCUCUUCUGGACAGGGCUAGUGGAGAAACUGAGCCAGGAGCACCUGUGGCUGUCGGUGGUGACGUGUUCGGCGUGGAGCCCCUUCACCCGGGUGCAGCGGCUCUCCUGCUGCCUGGCCCUCUUGCUGUGCUCCAUGCUCAUCAACAUCAUGUUCUGGAAGGGGCCAGUGGAGGAGAUGCACCAGCCAGGUCCCUUUGUGGUGACGUGGCGGGACAUGGUGGUGAGCCUGCAGGCAGCCGUCCUCCUGAUGCCGUUCCACCUGCUGAUUGUACACAUCUUCCGGCUAGUCCGGCCUCCCGCCUUGCAGCUGCUGCCUCCUCCUGUGGACCCCCGACUCUCACACCCAGCAACGGUGCCCUCUAGGCCACUGCCCACAACCCUGUCCAUUCAGCAGGAGCUGACGGAGACCGUGGGCUUCCUGUACAAGAACCCGCUGUGCUGCUGCCAAGAGCUGUCUGAGUUCCCUGGGACUUGGAAGCAAGUGCCAGAGCUGGUGGCAGGCCUCUGUGUGCUCGUCCGCUCCUCUCUGCAGCAGCUGCAGGAGCCAGAAACCCUCAAGCAAGAACGAUCUGGCAGUCUCCACAGCUACCUGGGCCAUGUGGUGUCUGAUCUGGAGGCUCAGCUGUGCAGCCUGGAUGGGGGGAACCUUCCAAAUCCUGAUGACUACCUGCAAGCCCGGAACCAGCUACACAGACUCCGGCAGCAGCUGGAGCAGCAGAGAUGCCAGCUUGGUGCAGAACAGCUCAGCCAGCUCAGUAGCUUCCCGACGGAGGCCCCCGCGGAGCACAGAGCCCCCUGCUGCAGCGGCCUACCCAGGCGCCUCCGAUUCCUCUGCUGGCUGGUGGUUGCUUCCGCAGGCCUGGGCGCAGGCUUCUUCACCGUGCUGUACAGUCUGCAGUUGAGCAGGGCCCAGGCCACCCACUGGGUCACCAGCAUGGUCCUCUCCGUGCUGCAGAGCCUCUUCCUCAUGCAGCCACUGAAGGUGCUGGCCAUGACCGGGAUCUUCUCACUGAUGCAGAGAAGAGAGCUAUGGCAGGACAAGGGUCAGGAGCAGAUGCUACAGUGGGCGCUAGGCCUCACGGGAGGACCCCUGCCCCCUGCAAGCCCUGGGUCAAGAGACCGGAUCUCCGACACCAUCUACAGGCCGCCCGCUCUCCGGUCAGCAGUCCAGCCCAAGGAAAGAGCCGUGAAAGAAAAGAUGCUAUUCUCCUUGGUCCGAGAGAUCGUGGUGCAGCUCUUGUUCCUGGCCGCGCUGAUGGUCCUGUGCUAUGCUGAGCGGAGCCCCAGCGAGUUCUACCUGAACGACGCCCUUCAAAGAAGCUUCCUGAGCCAAGUGGGCGGCAUCCUGACACUUGAGCAUUUGCAGGACUGGGCCCGGCACACCCUCCUGCCCAGCAUCUAUCGGGACUCCGAAGGUUUUGCCACGAUGGAUGCAAACUCUUUCCUGGUGGGCAGCGUGCGCCUCCGGCAGAUCCGGGCCCCAGAGAAGCUCGGGCCAGCUGUCCUCCUGCCCCCACAAGAGCUCAGUGCUGCCAGUCAGGAGGACAGCGGGUGUCCCAACUGGGGGUCUGGCGACAGAGCACAAGCGGCGGCCUGGGUCUACCAGAGUGAGACCACCCUUCAAGAGUACCCUACUUGGGGGAAGUUUGCCAUCUAUCCAGGAGGUGGCUAUGUGGCAGAUCUUGGCACAAAUGCAAGCCACGCCAACAGAACCCUCCGUGCUCUGGCGCGGGAUAAGUGGCUGGACAGCUGCACACAAGCCGUCUUCGUGGAAUUCACCGUCUACAAUGCCAAUGUCAACCUCUUCUGCGCAGUCACUGUGAUGCUGGAGUCCAACGGGAUAGGGGCCUUUGCCAGCUCAACUGCUCUGCAGAUCCUCCGGCUCUACCCCAACAGCCAGAUGUUUGUUCCGCUGGCCUGCGCCCAACUAACUUUCUUGCUGCUGCUCUUGUACUACGUGGUGGUGCAGGGCCUGAGCUUGAAGCAGAAGAGAUGGAACUACUGGCGCACCAAGGGCACCUUGCUGGAUGCCUUCAGCGUCCUCAUCAGUCUGACUGCCGUGGGCCUGUACGUGAGGAGGCAGCUGUUGGCGGCCAAGGUCCUGAGGGAGCAUCGCCAGGACCGUACUAGGUUUGUCCGGAUCUCAGAGAUGGUGGAAGCAGAUUCAGCGCUGACCUACUUGAUUGCCUUCCUGGUGGCUUUGACCACAAUCAAGUUGUGGAAUCUGCUCCGCUUGAAUCCCAGAAUGCACCUCAUCACCCGCACACUGCAGAAGGCCUGGGACCAGAUCCUGGGGUUCCUGGUGACACUUCUGGUGCUCCUGACUGGCUAUGCCUUUGCGUGCAAUCUCCUAUUUGGAUGGAGCAUCUUCAACUUCAAGACCUUCUUGGACUCAGCAGUGACCAUCGUGGGACUGUUGGCUGGGAUAUUCAAUUAUGAAACAGUCCUCGCCUUGGAUCCCGUCCUGGGCUCGCUCCUGCUGGCCACCAGCGUCCUCUCCAUGGUCUUUGUGAUCAUCAACCUCCUGGUCUCUGUUCUCCUGACGAUCUUCAGCAGCGAGAUGAAGGCCCUGAAGCAGGUCAGCAAAGAGGAGACCAUGAUGAAGCUGAUUCAGCUAAAGAUCUCCAGCUUGCUGGGAAUCAGGCAAUGGGCCCCAACAUCAGCUGAAGAGGGAAACGCCCAGGACUGAAAACUGCCUCCCCCCCCCCACUCCAAAAAAUCAGCAGAAACAUGGCAAAGGGCAGGGACUGGCAGUGGUGGGAUCCAAAAAUUGUAGUAACAGGUUCCCAUGGGGGUGGGAUUCAAACUAG